GAUGCUGGUGAAUGUACAGGAAGUGCAUACGUGAAUAUUCAGCAAAGUAUUGCUGCCUUCACUCAGCAGUGCGAACUUUUUCCAGGGGAGGAUGUUGUACUGCCAUUUCCCAAGGCAUGCGUUGGCUGCCCCAUAGAAAUACCUGUAGACAGCCCACAGUUGAAGGAGGCGCUUACUCAUUCCAUUGGAAAGCUUAAUGCAGAGAAUAAUGAAACUUAUUACUUCAAGAUUGAAACUGUGAAAAGAGCUACAUCACAGGUGGUGGCUGGGGUAAUAUAUACUAUCGAGUUCACGGCCAGGGAAACUGAAUGUUCCAAGCAAAGUAAUACGGAGUUGACUGAAAGUUGUGAGCCUAAAAAACUUGGUAGAAGUCUGAAUUGCAAUGCUAAAGUUUAUGUGGUACCUUGGGAGAACCAAAUUUCCUCUACUGUCAACUGUCAACCACUAACAAUGAUUUCAAUGAUGAAAAGGCCUCCAGGUUUUUCACCUUUCCGAACAGUACAAGUAAAGGAAACAGGAAAAGAAACAACUAAACACCUACGGUCCUGCGAGUACAAGGGCCGACCCCCAAAGGCAGGGGAAGAGCCAGCGUCUGAGAGUGAGGUCUCUUGA